AAUUCAUUGAGACGAUUGUUAGUGAAAAUCGUCAUGUUGUUGACGUUUUGUGGGGAAGCACUGGUAUAAGGUGUGGCAGUUGUGCAAGUUAGGUGUGACAUGCUGGCUGUCUUUUGAAUUUGGAUGGGACAACAAAAGACAGAGACCUGGCCAGAUUUCUCCCUUCCAUCAUGGGGUUCCUGGAGCAAUCCAGCAACAAGCCCAGCGGCCCCAUCAUCAAGGAGAGCUACAUGGUGAAGAGGUCUCAGAACAAAAAACGCUUCGGUCCCGUCAACUACAAGAACCGGUGGUUCGUGCUCACACCGACCGCGCUCGCGUACCAUGACGGUGGUCCGGAGCGCAAGGGCCGCGAGAAGGGCCGCAUCGAGCUGGCCUCCGUGCGCGUGGUGGAGCCGCUGAGCGAGAACGCGCUCGACAGCCGGCCGCACAGCUUCCAGCUGGGCUACGGCGAGUACACGCUGUACGUGUCGGCCGGCUCCGACGACGAGCGCGACGACUGGCUGAUGGCGAUCAGGGAGCUCUGUCGCGGCAACGGCGGCCUGCUGGAGCGCUACCACCCGCACAUCUGGCAGAACGGUCGCUGGCAGUGCUGCGGCCACAUCAACAAGGGCACCGCCGGCUGCGAGGAGACUACCCACAUGGGCAUCGCCGACCCCGAGCUGCCCGUCUCCCAGUCGGAGCCGCUCUUCGACGGCAGCACGGCCGUAGGGGGCGUGGCAGCUCCUGGCGGCCUCGCCGCGCCGUUCACCGGCCAGACCCUGACGCAGCCGCCGCCGCUGACGGACGGCGCGGCCCCCACUCCUGCCAAGCCCAAGAUUGUGGUCGCCCUGUACUCUUACCACGCCAUCGAAGACGGUGACCUGUCACUGACCAAGGGCUCCGAGUACGAGGUGGUCGAGGACUCGCGGGAGCACUGGUGGCAGGCUCGCAACGCCGCCGGGCAGGUGGGCUACAUCCCCAGUAACUACGUGCAGGAGAAGGAGCAGAUCGGCCUGCAGCAGUACGACUGGUAUGUGGUCGAUAUGAGCCGGCAGCGGUCCGAGUCGAUGCUGAAGGACGAGGCGCGCGAGGGCUGCUUCGUCGUCCGCAACUCCUCCUCCAAGGGCAUGUACACGCUGUCGCUGUUCACCUCCAAAGGCCUGCCGCGAGCGCAGGUGAAGCACUACCACAUCAAGCAGACAGCGCGCGGCGAGUGCUUCCUGUCCGAGAAGCACACGUGCGCCAACAUUCCGGAGCUGAUCCACUACCACCAGCACAACAGCGGCGGUCUAGCCACGCGGUUGAAGCAGCCGCCGCUGGCCGCCGUCCGCUCGGCGCCCGCCACGGCCGGACUCAGCCACGACAAGUGGGAGAUCGAGCCGCUGGAGCUGACGCUACUGGAGGAGCUCGGUUCCGGCACCUUCGGCGUCGUGCGGCACGGCAAGUGGCGCGGCUCCAUCGACGUCGCCGUCAAGAUGAUGAAAGAGGGCACCAUGUCCGAGGACGAUUUCAUCGAAGAGGCCAAGGUCAUGACUAAGCUGCAGCACCAGAACCUGGUGCAGCUGUACGGCGUGUGCAGCAAACACCGGCCCAUCUUCAUCGUGACCGAGUACAUGAAGUUCGGCUCGCUGCACUCGUACCUGCGCAAGAACGAGGCCACGCUCAUCGCCAGCAUCGAGCUACUGCUGCACAUGUGCCUCCAGGUGUCCAAAGGUAUGGCGUACCUGGAGCGCCACAACUACAUCCACCGGGACCUGGCCGCCCGCAACUGCCUGGUCGGCUCCGAGAUGAACGUCAAGGUGGCCGACUUCGGGCUGGCCAGGUACGUGCUGGACGACCAGUACACCAGCUCGGGCGGUGCCAAGUUCCCCAUCAAGUGGGCCUCGCCCGAGGUGCUCAACUACACCCGCUUCUCCUCCAAGUCGGACGUCUGGGCGUUCGGCGUGCUCAUGUGGGAGGUGUUCACCUGUGGCAAGAUGCCCUAUAGCCGCAUGAAGAACGCCGAGGUGGUGGAGCGCGUCCAACUCGGCCACGUGCUAGACCGGCCCAAAUACUGCGCCAAAGACGUGUACGAGGUGAUGCAGAAGUGCUGGCGGUACAAGUCGGAGGACCGCCCCACCUUCUGGGAGAUCCGCGAGAUGCUGCGCACCAUCUACCAGAGCGUAGUGGCCGACUAGGCCAGCGGCGGCCGCCUCGCGCCAGAGGCCUGACCGGACUCUGCCCCGUCGCCGCCGCUGGUCCGCCUCCCUCAUACGUUCCGUCGCCGUCCGUCGCGAGACGGAAGGAUGCGGCGCGGCCGUCGCCGGUGCUCGGCUGGUUGUGGCGGGGCCCGGCGACUGUUCAGCGGCGCCGACGGGGCGCGGGCCGCGUCGUCCGGCUCGGACGCCCCGCCGACUCGGGCGGCGCUGGCCCCGCCGCGGUGCGUCGGCUGUGUUCCGAAGAUUGUGCCGACCAGUCUGAGUUUGACCUGACCGUUUUGUGUAUAGACUUUUAUCGUUGUGACAUAACGCAUUUCGAUGGUGGAGACUGUUGAUUCCAGGUGUGGCAUUGUGCGCGGCGUGCAGUGUGUGCGUGUCUGUUUCCGAGCGUCGGCCCGUCGCCCCGUCCCUUUCCCGAGGGCACGUCUUGGCACGCCUAGCUUCGUUCCUCCGCCGGCUCGGCUUCACAGAGAGCUAACCGCUUAGUCGGGGGCAGCGCCAGCCUCCUGGCGGCCGCUGCCUGCGCUGUGCUCGUGCCGCACGUCCGCGCGCGCGGCGGCUCUCGCUGUCGAACGGCCCCCGACUGACCCGAUCUGUGCGACCUGCCGUAACUCGAGACGCUCGCUCGGCGGCGUCCUCCAGCCGAUCCCGCGUCCUGUGAUAUCUGCGUCUGUCUUCCGCGCCUGUCUCUCGCGCCCUGGCCGGUGUUGUCGGGCCGCUCUGUUCGGCGGACGGGCGACCUGUAAUGUG